UGCAGUAGCGUAAUGGCUUCCUGUGCUUGCUUCCUGCAAAUCAAGUUUUUCGUUCUAAUGAACACUUUGCUAAAAUGAGCAGCCGCCGCGGUGCGUGGUUGUGGAUAGCGGCGGUGGGUCGCCAUGCUCCUAUUUCAAUUGCCUGACGACGUCCUGUACCACAUCCUGGCUUACUUGGACCACAGAUCUCUCAGUCGAUUCUCGCAAGUUUGUAAAUCUGCCUACAGUUUUGUUAACCGUGACAAUGUGUGGAAGAAUGUUGCCAAACAGUUCCUAAACACUGGGAUUCGUCGGAAUGGAUCAGAUCUAUACCCAAAAAUUCCACUUAAGGAGAGAGUGAGGACUGCUCAGAACUGGUCCAGUGGGCUCUGCACCAAGGACGUACUUAUCAGAUGGAGAAAAAACCUGUUGCCAUGGCUGCAGAUCGAUGGGAAUAUACUGUUUCUGUCCCAGGCAGCAGAGAUCCGAGCUCACAGAGUGCACCAAAAUGCCAAGAAGAUUCUCAGCCAGCCAUUUCAAAUCUAUUCUGGUCACAAUGGGGAUGUGUGUCGCUUUGUUCUCAACAACUCAUAUUUAAUCAGCAGUGGAAGCGAUGGGACUAUUGUGGUCCACAGCAGGAGAAGUGGUGCUCAGACCAAGCUGCCAGGGCACAGCCAGGAAAUCAACUGUCUGGAUUCCAGAGAUGAGCUCAUUAUCAGUGGAUCCAGAGAUACAACCGUCAAGGUUUGGACAUUGACCUCAAGCUCUUCUAAGGAAACCAUUUCCACUUUUGACAGAGUCUGGUCUAUUGCCAUUGAUCCUUCUGUCAGCUCCUUCGCCGUGGGCACUGCAUGUUGUCGGACCCCCUCUCCUCUUCACAUUUGGACUAUAGAAAGGCUGGAGUGUGUGUGCAGCCUGGGCUCAGAUUUUCGACGUGGAGCCGGGGUCCUGGACAUCGUCUUUGAGACUCCCUUUCAGCUCCUGACAUGUGGCUAUGAUACGUACAUCCGCCUGUGGGACCUCCGUCUCAGCACACGGAAGUGCGUGAUGGAGUGGGAGGAGCCUCAUGACAGUGCACUGUACUGCUUGCAGACUGAUGGCAACCACAUGAUGGCCAGCGGCUCCUCGUACUAUGGUGUGGUGCGUUUGUGGGACAAACGGCAAAGCCAUUGUUUGCAGGUGUAUGAGCUGAGUGCCCAGCGCCCCAGCAGCCCAGUCUACUGCCUUCGCUUCAACAGCUCUCAUCUGUUUGCUGCCCUGGCCACCAGCCUGCACUCCCUGGACUUUAGAUUGAGUCCUGGCUUUAGCUCCUAGCAAAAAACUGUUUAAGGCGUGUUACUGGAGUCAUGUCCCAUCAUUCAAAGGAUCUGUGAAGUCACUGCUCUCAGUCCAAACCCCUGUGCAGUUACAGAAGAUUUUGAGAUCCUAAAAGGUCUAGAUAUGUUUUUAUACUGACAAAAAUGUGUUUUAAUGAGAUUUAUAGUGUCAGCUAUACAUGCAGAGGAAAUAUGGAUCAGAAGAUGAAACACCGGAGGUUAGUGAGUUGGUUCUUCAGUAAUUUACGUCACAUGAGGAAGACACUCAGGAGCAGGAAAAAGAAUGUAAGUGAAUGAAUGAAAUUCACUUUUGUGAAUUUAAAGAUGUUUUUUUUUUACAGUGCUUUUCUUAGAUUGUACAAGCAGUUGAAUUUUUAAUAAUUAUUUAUGAAUCUUUCAAGUAAAGAAGAAUAUCGUCACACAUAUUUUGAAUAUAUUCAUAAAGUUUAUUACAUGUGUGAUCUUUUGACUUUAAUUCUUUUUGCCUGUUUUCUUUUACUUGAGCAAAUAGCCAGUCCAACUGUGGCAGUUGAACUGACACUACUCUCAGGCUGUUUUUGAGACGACCAUUAGGAGGGCGAUUUCAUGAUGUUAUGCUUCCCUCUACUGGUUGUAAAGGGCAGACCACUGUUAAUUGACCGAAUCAUAAUGAGGAAUGUAAUUAAUGACUCAAAAAAUGUAUUUGCAAUUUUCUCAAUAAAAUAUAUACCAGGGCAUAGGGCUUUAGAUAACUUUUAUCAUUUAAAAAUAUCAAGACAAGUCUUCCAGUUUGUGAUUUUAAAAAAAAGUAUUCAUUUUUUUUUUUUUAAAAAGCUGGUGUGCCUAACUGUAAAAAAUGAAUCCUUCGUCUCUUUGAAGUUUUAAAGAGCUUAGGGUCCUGACAGAGCCACAUCAUUUCUGUUUGGGUUUACUCACACACCUGCACCUGCACAGAGACCUAAGCCACACAUGUCAGCUUCUAAUCCAGCUCUUGCCGCACUGUUUCCUCUUCUACCCUACCAACAUAUUUAUUUUAAUACCCAUUUUAAUUAGUGCUUCCCCUUUUCACUUGGCUUAAUAAAAUGACCUCUAUUCAGUAGACAUGUUACAAAGUUGUAAAACAUUUAAAUUAUUACAUCAUAUUGUUCCAGUAUGAAUUCAAAAUAAUAUCUUUCUAUUGAUUUUCAGUUUUGUUUUGUUUUUUUUGUUUCUUUUUUGUACAAAUGCACAGGCAGUUAAAUUGUGAUGUUACAAUAAUUGUGAAUAAUCAGAUUGUGGUUCUGUAUGUGAAGUCUUUUGUUUUGUUUCCUUGUCUUCAUAUCUCCAUAGUAACAUUACCAAUCACAUUAACAGUAAGCCCCCACACGCACACAGACACACACAAAGACGCACAUACACCUUUUGGGUUUACCUGUUUUAUGGGAUCUUGCAUUGACUUGCAUUAAUUUCAUGGAGAUGGAUCCUAUAACUUUAACCAAUGAAUUAAAUGUGUUUGUAGAUUACUGA